AGUCUAUUUAUUUUGUAGCAUCGCGGUAGAUCAUGGAAUAUGAAUGAAGCUAGCAAUUAGCUAGCGACAACAACAUUAAAACAUAUUAACUAGCACGAAUAUGCUGGAACAAGAAACCACCGAAUAAUAAAGACAUACGGGAGCGGUGCACGGGAGCCACCCACUGGGGUUUUUAUGCUUACCACACAAGCUGAGCAGGACAGCUAACCAUAGCUAACAUUAGGUGAUUCGUGGGGGCUUGCUAACAAACGCUAGCAUGCACUGGACGCGCUCACUCGGGGCGGAUGCGAGUUUGAAGCUGUCACUCUGAACAAAAACAGACCGUUUCGAGAGGAGAUCCACUUCGUUCCACUCCUUCAGGCUGAGCAGUGCCACCAUGUACUCGAGCCCCAACAACUCCACGAAAUCCAGCUGCAACAGCAGCAGCAUCACUGAGCUGCUGGGGGCCCUGUGUGACAGCAGCCUGUCUGGGGUGUCCUGGAAACGUCGGGCCCUGGGUGGAAUCUCCAGAGAAGGCUUCCGCAGAGCCCUCAAGAAGUGUGCGUACGGCUCGCUGCUGUCCAAGCUAUUUCAAGAUGACUCCAAAGGGUCUGCCUCAAGGGCGAGAAUCACAGAUAAUACACCGCCCAAAAACAAAGUCCUGAUGAUCUGCUUCGAUUUGCGGGUGGCGGGGUGCCGAGAGGAAGCAGAGAGGUUGGAGGAGCAGCUGGGGAUGCUGCAUGAGGGAGCAUCGUCUGGGCUCAAGGAAAUCAACGCGGUCCUGGAGCUGUUGGUACAUCUAGCUGGUUCGGCACCUCCACCUCCUACCUCUUUUAGCAGGGACUACAUGAGACGAGAGAGGCCCGUGCUGCGGAGGCCUCAACCCUGGGGCUACCAGAGCGAAGAGCUGCAGAGGCUGGAGGCCCGAGCGUGGGGUCUAGUGUGUGGGGAGGAAUGGGGGACUUUGGAGAGCUUGUGUGGAACACAGAGGUUGAUGGAUGCCCCUCCAGGCACAGGACUGCUUGCUCUGAGAUCUAAAUUGGAAGCGGAAGAAAGAUUUGAAAGAGAUACCAGGAUGACGCUGUUUGGAGCUCUGCAGCAUACACGCACAUCAGACAUAGACAUAAGACUGGACCUACCUCCUGUUCCCAGUAAUAUUGAUGUGACUGGGCUCACUAUAAGGGUCCCCUCAUGUUUGGAUCAGUCUGAGGAUGAGGGCUUCCAGUCUGCUUCCAACAUGACCCCAGACUCUAUGUCAGAGACCAGCCCUCUUCCAGACAUUGAUAUAUGGGAGGCUCUCCGCACGUUUGAGCCUGGAAAACGGCGCUGCUGGGAAUCUGUUGGCUGCCCACCGGGGAAAAGGGAGUCACUCUAUCUUACAGAGGGAGGCAGGGAGGCCUUCGACCAGCUUUAUCGUCUAUGGGAGGGGGAGAUGAGGGUGGUCAGCACCGCCACACCAUCUCCUCUCCUUCCGCUGCCCCUGGACUCUCAAGCACAACUGGUAUUUGACCUUCUCAACGUUUUGAUCGGAGUGGCGUCAACGACCUUCCCUCUCAACCAGAGUGUUCAGUUUGAUGUCCGACCUGGGGUGUGCGUGUCGGGAGCCUCUCCAGAGAGCGUGUCUCGUCUCUUGGCGGAGCUGGCCCAGCACGGCACCCAUUACUUGAGGCUUAGUCGCUUUUCUCUGCAGAGUGUUGACAAGAAAGGCCUCGUCUUGCAGGCUUUUACAGGUGGUCUGCGGAAGUAUCUGCAUUACUACAGGGCUUGUGUUCUCAGCACUCCACCCACCCUCAGCCUGCUGACCAUUGGCUUCCUCUUCCGCAAAGUGGGCCGCCAACUAAGGUACCUGUCAGAGCUGUGCUGUGUAGAUGGGCCUUUGGGUGCAGGCCAAGCUACCUUCCCUGUGGGUGUUAAACUGCUGUCCUACCUGUACAAGGAAGCGCAGAAUAACUGCAGCAACGAGAACUAUCCGGUGCUGCUGUCGCUGCUUAAGAGCAGCUGUGAACCGUAUACACGGUUUGUGUCUGACUGGGUGUACAGUGGCGUUUUUCGGGAUGUUUAUGGAGAAUUCAUGAUCCAGGUCAAUGAGGACUAUCUCAGCUCUAGAGACAAACACUUCUGGGUCCAAGGCUACACGCUGAUCUCAAAGGAUGUGGAGGAUUGCGUGCCCGUCUUCCUGAGACACAUCGGCAAUGACGUGUAUGUCUGUGGGAAGACGAUCAACCUCCUCAAAAUCUGCUGCCCGCAGCACUACAUCUGCUGGUCGGAGCUGCCGGUGCCUCGUAUUGCAGUCACCUUCUCCCUACAGGAGGUGGAGGAGAUCGAGAGGGACUGUGCGGUGUAUCGAGGACGCAUGGAGAGGGUUGCUAAGCACAGCGCCAUCAGCAGGGAGGAGCAAGCCCAGCGAGUGGAGCAGGCACGCCAGGAGCUGAUCAAUCAGGUCAGAGAGUCAGCAGCCAAAACCCUGGAGAGCAUUCGCGGGCGCCAGGUGUCACUUCGUCUGGCUGACGAAGCCAAGAAGAGGGAGCGUUUUGAGGAACUGAAACAGCACCUGGAGCAGGAGCAAGAGUGGCGCAGUGUAGCAAAGACGAAGCAGGAGGACGAUGACUUCAGCUUUGCCAGAGAGCUGAGGGAUAGAGAAAAAAGACUACAAGCCUUGGAGCAGCAACUGGAGCAGAGAGCCAGGAAGGAGCUGAUAGAUCAGUACAGCCGUCUGUCAGAAGAGGCAGCUCAGAGAGAGAGACGGGCCAUGUGGCAGGUGCAGCGUAUGCGACUCGACGAAGCCCGGGCUCAGUUCUUCAUGCAUGACAAGCAGCAGACUCAGGCAAUGCUAGAGAAAUAUCCAUUAGGCCUGGAGAGCGCUCCCUUGGGAGUGUUGCCCGUUCUCUCUGCUCAACCGACUGCACCACCAACAACACCGGAACCUCGCAGUCAGGAUUCAUCUGAACAGCAGCCAGCAGAGACUCCAGAGGCUAAUGCUGUAUCGCCACCACCUGACCCAGCUGCUCUCACCCCAACGGUUGACUCUCUCCUCAUCUCUGAGACCACGAACAUCAAUGAUUCUCUUCCCAAGUCACUGAAUCCUGCCACUCAGCAGGUAGACAUCGCCCUACAGGUGAUUGGCUCUGACCUACCUGAAGUGUGUCCCACAGCAGAAAUAGUAGACUAUGACUUCAGUGCCCCCUUUAGUCCACUUGAGGGUAUCACCUGCCAAGCUACAGUCCAGCCACGGCCUAACUGGGGAUCUGCUGUUGAGCCUGACCUGAUCCAAAACCAUCCCUCUUUUUCCCACAUCCCCAUUGGAGAGAAUAUGUCUCAAUUUCAGGACAGUGUCCCCAAAGCCAACCCCUUUGGCCAAGCCUCCAGAUCCAGCUUUCCUCUUGGCCAAUACACCCUAGAGGAGUCCCAGAAUACAUUCAAAUCAAACAUUUAUGGGCAUCCCUCUCAAGCCACCGUGCAGCUAGGAGAUGAGAGUGGCUCAGCGGCAAAAAACAAGAAGACAACGAAUGAAGUUGGUGAUUUGGAAAGUAAAGUAGUGGGAAAUGAAGGCGAGGGUCCUCCUAAAGAUGGCGAUGUGUUUGAAGCCCCACCCACUACACCGGAAGAAACUGGCAAGGAUAAUGGUCUUCACAAAGCAGUGCCAAGUCUUUCUGACUGUGGCGCAAUUUAUCCACCCGAUGCAAACCCUAAACCAGUCACUCAAGAUCACAGCUCAGAUGUUCAAGAUCAGUCUGUUCACAGCAUGUCUUUGCCAGAUAUUCAUGUCUCCAGUGCUCCCCUAGAAACGGGUGAUCUGGUUUCAGUCGCAACCACUCCCCUCCCAACCUCUAACGUCCACGGUCACGCAUCAGAUUCCCACAUCAAGAUUGGAGAACAUAUUUCUGAUGUUGCUGUGCCUCUACGUUCCUCCAGUGUUCAUGGUCACUCUUCUGACGCUCACAUUAAAGUCGGGGAGUACGUUGCCGAGUCGGCCACUCGUCUCCCUUCUCAAAAUGUCCACGGUCACGUCUCAGAUGCCCACAUUAAAGUCGGGCAGCAUGUUUCAGAAGUAGGCGCCCGUCUGCCCUCCACUAACGUCCAUGGUCACAGUUCAGAUUCCCACAUUAAAGUCGGAGAAAACAUCUCCGACGCUGUCUCGCCACGUCCUGUUCCCGGCCUCCACGGGCACGUGUCUGACGCUAACAUGGAAAUGGGCUACUGCGUGUCGAACGUACCCGAAGCAAGACCUCGUUGGAGUAAACACGGCCACGCCUCGGACUGCACGCUUCAGCCGGGCUGCGGAGUGUCGGGAGAUGAACCCGCCGUGGGCGCUCUCCCCGGCAGCGCCUAUGGUCACUCCUCAGACUCCGGGUUGGGCACCGGAUGCGUAGUUUCGGGAGCUGAGCCCAAGCCUUCUCCUCUACCCGGCAGCGCGCAUGGUCAUUCUUCAGACUCAAACUUAGGCGUGGGAUGUGUUGUGAGCAAAACGGAGCCGCUUCCAUCAGCACUGCCGGGCAGCGUCUACGGGCACACUUCUGAUUCGAAGUUGGGGGGGGGUUGUGUUGUGCUGGGGACAGAGACUCAACCUGCGGCACCACCCGGCAGCACUUAUGGCCACUCAUCAGAUUCCUCACUUGCAGUUGGGUGCGUGGUGAAAGGCAAGACCGAAGACAUUGAAGAUGGUAAAGGUCUGAAGUCGGACAGCCCUGGAGAGCAGCUGGAUGAGGUCAUGGCUUCUUGGGCAGCAGGCUUCGGUUUGUCUUCUGGAGAAAAGUCUGAGCAGGAAUACCUCCUGGCUUUAUGUGCUCAGUAUGAGGUGGAACAAUACGAGGAUUGCUACAACCUGAUGGCUUCGUCCCCCGAGUGUCAGUUGCUGAAGCAGGUGACCCGGGGCCCCUGGGGGCUUCCUGUGGACCCUACGCUCCGCAGAGCCACGGACACCACGCCUGUCCAACUCAGCGAGAUGGUUUCCCUCCCAGUUCUGAUAAAACAGGCCGUCACUACCCCGCUCAUCACCCAUGUAUCUUUGGUGAACAAGGCAGUGGUGGACUACUUCUUUGUGGAGUUGGGGGUGGAGAGACACUUUGAGGCACUGCGCCACUUCCUGCUGAUGGAGGACGGCGAGUUCGCACAAUCGCUCAGCGAUCUGCUCUUUGAAAAGCUGGGCAGUGGUCAGACUCCCGGCGAGCUGCUGACCCCCCUGGUCCUGAACUCCAUCCUCAGUAAGGCCCUGCAGUACAGCUUGCACGGGGACAUCCCCUUGGCGGCGAACUUCACCUUCGCCCUGCGCUUCCUGCCGGAGACCUUCCACCCACACGCCCCCGACUCCCUCAACUGCCUGGAGCUGCGCUACAAGGUGGACUGGCCGUUGAACAUCAUCAUCACGGACAGCUGCAUGAACAAGUACAACCGUCUGUUCUCGUUCCUGCUGCAGCUCAAACACAUGGUGUGGAGCCUCCGUGAAGUCUGGUUCCACCUCAAGAGAACAGCGCUGCUGAAAGGAGCAGGUCGCUCAGUGCAGUUUCAUCAGCUGCAGCUAUACAGACACGAGAUGCAGCAUUUUGUCAAGGUGAUACAGGGAUACAUCGCCAACCAGAUCCUGCAAGUGUCGUGGAGCGAGUUCACGGCCAAGCUGGCCUCUGCCAGCGACCUGGACGCCAUCCACCGCACGCACGCAGACUACCUCAACAGAGCCAUCUUCAGGGGUUUGCUGACGGAGAAGGCGGCUCCGGUCAUGAACAUCAUCCACAGCAUCUUCAGCCUGAUCCUCAAGUUUCGGGCCCAGUUGAUCGCACAGCCCUGGGGCAGCCACCAGGGGGAGGCAGUGCACCCCAGCUUCGUUGCCAUGCAGCAGUCGUACAACACCUUCAAGUAUUACUCUCACUUCCUUUUCAAAGUGGUGACCAAGCUGGUGAACAGAGGCUACCAGCCUCAUCUAGAAGAUUUCCUGCUUCGCAUCAACUUCAACAACUACUACAAAGACUCCUGAGCUGUGUACUUGUGCGUAUGUUGUAGUACUUGACAAAGGUAUACCUGUUAGAUACUAAUCCAAUGCCCCAGUGUGUACUCAAAAUUGUACAAUAAAUUCAGUUCAUCAGAGUAUCAUGUGUUGUAACCCCCCCCCCCCCCCCCUGCUUUCUUUUUAACAUGUCGAUGUGUGUAGGUGAUCCAUGUGCAGCAUCUUUGGCUUUACUUCUAAAACCGCUAAAGUUCGUAGUGGAGAUCAUGCUGAUGCCUCCAGGUGUGCCUGCAGCUACGUGGAUCAUAAGUACAAAUACUUUAAGGGACAAUUCUAUGUACAUAAAGGAAAAUGCUUUCUAAAUAAAUGCUCUAUUUUGUAUUGUUAAGUUUUUGUAAUGUAGAGAAAAACAUUUAUUAAAGAUUGCACGUCCGCGUCGAUUUUGCUGGACGAAA